GGUUUAAUUUCUAGUCUUGAGUGUUUCCGGCGUGUCCUAAUCCUUGUUUGCUCUUUCUGGAUUCCUUCCACCGCCUCAGCCAUGGGUGGCGCUCAAGCUCUCAAAAGAAUCCCUCGCAUCAAAUUCCCCAACAGACAUGGCAAAUCCUCUGGUUCUGCACCUGACAAACAACCUUCGUCUUCAGCAACCGAUGCAAAUUUAUCUUUCUUCUCAAGUUCAAAAGCCUCAACAUCGCUGGGAGGGAAGGCCUCUCUUCAACCCAAAAGAACUCCUGUGUCCAAAGAGGAGAUUGAGGCAAUUUUGUUGGGCGGCUGCUUCUAAUUGAGUAUGUUCAAGGGAAGACUAUAGUUUACACAUUUCCGCGGCUCUGAUCCAUCAAUAUCCACAGCUGAUGUGUCUUAUUUUUGGUGCUUAGUGUUUUCUUAGAACACUAUACUGAUCGAUUUUUUUUUGGUUAAAUACUGAUUGAUUUUCAGUAACCGGAAUAUACAUAGGAUUAAAUUUACCAUGAUUACUGAUUAAUUUUUCCAUGAAUGGAA